GUUCUGGUCACAGCUCAACAGGAAGGAACGUUGCCGACUCGCCGACAAUUCGCCAUGUCUCCUGCAGCCUGUAUCACCUGAUAGUCCCAUUAAGUGGGCGCUUCUCUGUACUCUGUGUUUUAUGCUUUGUCAAAGAGGCAACAGAUUGUAUAGUUUGGCUAGUAUCUCUUUUUAUAUUGGAGGAUUGUAUUGGUUCUGCACACAUCCGGAUCUUGACCAACGUUUGACCCCGCAACAUGGCUGACUGGAUAUAGAUCAUUCUGCGACACACAUCGCGAAACGGUCACGCUGGCCAACGAUGGCGCGGAGACAGGAUCCAGAUUGUGCUACACACCCUUUAGCCACCUUGCUCUCUCAAUCUCACGCCCCGGGUCACUCUUCGUGGUCCCUGUGGUCUGUGGUCUGUGGUCUGUGUGUGGCUGAGAAGCAAUCGAAUAUUCUCCCGCACCUCAGUCCACCAUCACCGAUCCUGGGCCCUGACAACUUCAAGUCUACGAUCAUAUAACGAACAGGGGGAGACACACCACAAGCAGGUCUUUCAAGUUGUCUGGUUGACUCGCCUGCCUGGCAAUUGGUUGGGCUCUGUCAGAACGUCACUUUCGCCGAUAUAUAGCAUCAAGAAUGUUACCUCUUCCUGUAUGCUCAGCAAUGAUAUGCCUCUCGACCCUACCUUGUAGCUGCCGCAUAGCCAAUGAACGACCCUACCACAUUUUCAGCACCCCGCUUGCUGCAGGACUAUCGGAGCUCUUCAAUGCAGUAAGCUGAUUCUGGCCAAUAUGGUGUGUCGUAAACGUCGCAAUGCCUCUAGAAGUCGCAAUCGUGGCGCGGUCCGACAUAUAUCUCUUAGUUUAUUCUCAGCAUUGCUCGUCCACUUCCUCCCUUUUUUGCCAUCCCCUUCGCCGUUGAAAAGACGAAAUGGGGCUCGGGACGACUUCACCGUUGACUGUGCUGGGUUGUGCUCUGGCAGUUCACUCCGCAGCUGCUACAGGUUCCCAUCACUUUGCGACUGACAGCAGCACCUUCGACUAUGUCGUUGUGGGCGGAGGGACAUCGGGGCUAGUGGUUGCCAAUCGGCUGACUGAAAAUCGCCACAACACUGUCCUCGUGAUUGAGCGAGGCUACUUUGACGACAAACCCGAGGCCAUCAUACCUUGGUAUUCCACCGCCGUCGACACAAGCGUUCUACUCAACCCCCGGUCUGCACCAAAUUCGAAGCUUUACAAUGCUAGACACAAUGUGACUGUUGCAGCUGUUGUUGGAGGCGCAACAGUUGUCAACGGCAUGGGAUGUGACCGCGGAAGCAAGGCAGACUACGAUGCUUGGGAGGAAUUGGGCAACCCAGGCUGGGGGUGGAAUGGGCUGCUGCCCUACUUCAAGAAGAGCACAGCCUUCACUCCUCCCAACCCCGACGUGGUGGACCGGUGGAAUAUCACCUGGAAUUCUGCCGCAUAUGGAAAAGGCCCCGUCCAGGUUCAUAUCUCCAACUUCCAGUACCCUGACAUUGAUACAAUUUGGGAAGGCUUCAGACAACAACCCGGAGUUACCUUUCCACCAGGGUCCUCUUCUGGAUUUGGGCCAGGCGCGUACUGGUCAACAAAUACGAUUGAUGCCCGCGGCAUGACCCGAUCGACUGCACGCAGUGCCUACUACGACCCUGUCAACAAGACUCGCUCAAAUCUGCGUCUUGUCAUCGGUCAGACGGCGACAGAGUUACUGUUCGACCGCGGAAAGUCUUUGAGAGCGAAGGGAGUGCGGGUCGUUUCCAGUUUUGACGCCAAGGUUCGCAACGUUUAUGCACGGAAGGAGGUCAUCCUGGCAGCAGGAGCUGUGAUGACUCCUCAUUUGUUGCAAGUCAGCGGCAUCGGUCCCGCAUCGGUGCUCAAGGCAGCUGGUAUCAAGGUUGAGAAAGACCUGCCCUCUGUGGGGGCCAACUUUCAAGACCAUGCGACAGUUGUGCUGUGGUUCAACCUCUCCACGCCGUCAUUUCCCAACUCCGAUAGCAUAUCGAACAACGCCACGUACAAUGCGACCGUCUGGGAAGAAUACCUCACCAACAGAACAGGGCCAGUCGCAGCUGCCAACAGCAACAGCAUCAUCUACUAUUCACUUGCACAGGUCCUGUCACCUUCGGCUGCGGCCUCCGUAGCCUCCCGGCUCUUAGCACAGGAUGCAAGGCAGUACUUACCAGCCAUUUACAGCACCAGUUCGGCUCUUCUUCGAGGUUUCAAAGCUCAACGCGCCAUUCUGGCGCAGCGGUUCACGACCAACACAUCAUCAUACACAGCCCAGCCUCUACGUGGCAACGGCCAGAGCCCGUCUCCGCUGCUGAAGCCUCUUUCCAGGGGUACCGUAACGCUCAACUUGACUCAUCCAGAAAGUCUUCCAGUGGUACAAUACAACACCUUCAUAAACCCUAUCGAUGAAGAACUUGCCGUCGCGGUUGUCCGGCGCUCUCGCAGGUAUUGGGCCAGCCCAGCUCUUCAGAAACUGGGCCCGACGGAAACACAACCGGGCGCGGAGUACCAAACAGACACAGAGAUCUCGGACUAUCUCAAGGCAAAUCGGUUAGCAUUGUUUGCCAGUUUGGCCCACCCGUCUGGCACAUGCGCCAUGAUGCCCGAAAAGCUGGGAGGGUGUGUUGGGUCUGACCUAAAGGUGUAUGGCGUCAAGGGGCUGAGUGUGGUAGAUGCUAGUGUCAUUCCUCUGAUUAUCGGCACCUCUCUGCAAGCAACGGUCUAUGCGAUUGCCGAGAAGGCGGCCGACAUCAUCAAGGCGAGAGGUUGAAGGAACCAAAAGG